ACAGAGGCGGAGUCAGAGCUCAGAUCUGGUCCUGCCCACGCGGUGAAAGCGUAAUCCAGCAGGUAUGCUGUGUCUCCUCACGGAUCUCUGCACACAUUAAGCUAAAACCAACAGAGCAGAGUGGACAUCUCCGGCUGGCACAAUGUCACAGGGCUCUGCAGUUAGCUCAGUUCACUAAAGGGGCUGGUUUUGACCUCGAUUUUUCCAGGGAAGGACAGAAGGGAACGGGUGUGAUGUACUGGUAGCAAUGGGAAGUCACAUGAUCUAGUCUUGUGAAUGACCAGCUGCAGUCCUGCGCUGCUUAUCCUGAUUGCUCUGCUUAUGUUUGCAGAAGAGGGAGCUAUUCUCAGAGGAUGAGUGGGCUGACCCCCUCGCACUCUGGGUCCUCCUUAAUGGAUUCCGGGCCUGCACACGUCCCCUCUGUCUCCCACGUGGAUGUCCAGGGGUUCAGAAGAGUAUGCUGGAGGGUGUGGCUUUGCCACCUUGGAACCAUAUGUUCUUUAGGUAUGCUGCUGGUAUUGUUCAACUGGCGUCCUCGUCUAGCCGUUUUGGCUCGGUGCACCUCCUGCCCCCUUCCAAUGGCUGAUACUUUACUGUUAAGGGAUGUUCAUGGACAGCAGUUUGUCAUAGAUGUACAUGUAGACGAGAUUGAGGAGGGAAGUUUUGAGCAUGCAGGAGGAGAGGUGGAUGAAAAUGAGUGGAGGGACAAUGUUCAGCUACACAAAGAAGAGAAAACCGUACUGCGGUACUACGUGUUUGAGGGCAUGCGAUACAUAUGGAUGCCCAGAAAAGGGGCUUUCUGCAGGGUUAGUAUCCUCAAUGAGGGUUGGACUUGUGCUGACUUGCAUCGCUUUCAGCAGGGAAUGAGUCGAGCGGACCAAAGCUCAAGGCGACAGAUCUUUGGGGACAAUAUCAUUGAUGUGCCUGUGAAAUCUUACCCACAGUUGCUGUUUGAAGAGGUCCUCAACCCGUUCUACAUGUUUCAAGUGUUUAGUAUCAUCCUGUGGAUGUCCGAUAGAUACUACUAUUAUGCCGUUUGCAUCUUAAUCAUAUCUUUUAUAUCCAUCGCUGUGUCCCUGUAUGAAAUCAGAAAGCAAAGCACCACUCUCCGCCGCAUGGCCCAGCUGAUAGUGAAUGUCACUGUACGCAGAGCCACUGGAGAGGAAGAGUGUGUGAGUUCAGUGGAUCUAGUGCCAGGAGACUGUGUGGUGAUUCCAUCUGAAGGUCUGCUCCUGCCAUGCGAUGCUGCCCUGCUGGCCGGGGAGUGCAUGGUCAAUGAGAGCAUGCUGACAGGUGAGAGCGUACCUGUGAUGAAGACCCCAUUGCCUGUCUCUGGGGGGGCAUACACCCCUGAAUCUCAGCGCCGACACACACUGUUCUGUGGUACACAUAUCAUCCAGGCCAAAGGGGGUUGCCCUGGAGGGAAAGGGGCUAUAGCUGUUGUCACACGCACAGGGUUUUUCACCGCUAAAGGUGACCUCGUCAGCUCCAUUCUUUACCCACAACCACUCAACUUCCGCUUCUAUAAGGACGCCAUGAAGUUUUUAUUAUUCUUAGGAGUCCUGGCAUUGAUUGGCACAAUUUACAGUGUAGUAAUGCUUUAUAGGAGCAAUACCCCCUGGGCAGAGCUCGUUAUCCGAUCUCUGGACAUUGUGACCAUUGUGGUGCCACCUGCUCUCCCUGCUGCUAUAACAACUGGCACUAUCUAUGCCCAAAACCGGCUCAAGAAAAAAGGAGUGUUCUGCAUAAGCCCCCCUCGCAUCAACAUCUGCGGAAAGAUCUCUCUCUUCUGCUUUGACAAGACAGGUACUCUGACUGAGGAGGGUCUGGAUGUGUGGGGGGUGAAGGUGGUGAACGGGUCAGGGUUUGAUGAGCUUGUCCCAGACCCCCGUCUUCUGCCACAUGGCCCUAUGCUGUCAGGCUUGGCCUCCUGCCACUCUGUAGCCUUGCUUGGGGGUCAGCCCAUUGGAGACCCACUAGAGCUCAAAAUGAUUGAGUCCACAGACUGGGUUCUGCAGGAGCCUACUCAUGAAACAGAAGUGAGCACAGAGUUUGGAAGCCACAGGAUCCUAGCGGUGAUGAGGCCACCUGCUGCUGAGUUUCAGCCAGAGGGCAUAUCCAUCAGUCAGCCGGUAGCGAUAGUGCGGCGGUUCCCUUUCUCCUCCGCCCUGCAGAGGAUGAGUGUGGUGACAGUGGGUCCAGGGGGAGGCUCACCUUGCUGUUUCCUCAAAGGGUCACCAGAGAUGGUUGCCAGCUACUGUGUAAAAGAAAGUGUGCCUUCUCAGUUUACUAGCACUCUGCGGGAGUUUGCGAGUGAGGGCUUCAGGGUCCUAGCACUCGCUUACAGGGAACUUGAUGCACAGACUGACUUGAGCAGUAUUGAAAGGGAAGACAUAGAGACAGAGAUGCGGUUUCUCGGCCUGUUGGUGAUGAAGAACCAGGUGAAGCCUGAAAGUCCAGGAGUCAUCAGUACUUUGAGACAAGCUCAAAUCCGGCCCGUCAUGGUCACUGGUGAUAACAUCCUCACUGCUCUGAAUGUAGCACGGGCAUGUAGAAUGGUGUUGCCACAUGAGCAAGUUUUUUUUGUUCAUGCAUCACCCCCUGCUGCCAACUCUAUGGCAUCGUUACGGUUUCAUCAAGGUGAAGGUGGCGCUGGCACAGUCAGCACGCAAGAGACCAUGGAUAUUCUGGAGCAGGGCCUCUACCAGAACAGUCUUAAGUAUCAUUUGGCUAUAAAUGGAAAGUCCUUUGCAGCACUCUGUGAUCAUUUUCCUGAGUACCUACCCAAGAUUCUGAUGCGAGGCACUGUAUAUGCACGAAUGUCACCAGACCAGAAGACUGAGCUUGUCAAAGCUCUUCAGAAACUAAAUUAUCGAGUGGGCAUGUGUGGGGAUGGAGCCAAUGACUGCGGAGCACUGAGGGCUGCUGACGUCGGUGUUUCUCUGUCUGAGGCCGAGGCUUCCGUCGCCUCUCCCUUUACCUCCAAGUCUGACAACAUCAGCUGUGUGCCUCUACUUAUCAGGGAAGGAAGAUGUUCAUUGGUAACAUCCUUCAGUCUUUUCAAGUAUAUGGCUCUGUACAGUCUGAUCCAGUUUUCAUCUGUGGUCAUACUAUACACUGUGAAAACAAACUUGGGUGACCUACAGUUCCUCUUCUUCGACUUAUUCCUGGUGACACUGCUUGCUAUAGUAAUGGGGAGGGGCGGCCCCAGUGAUGAGCUUCACCCCCAGAGACCCCCUGCCAGUCUUCUCAGUGUGCCCCUUCUAUGUGCUUUGCUAAUACACACAGUGCUGCUGAUCGUCACCCAAGUGUCUGCUCUGCUCAUCACCAUCUCGCAGGAGUGGUACAUCCCUCUCAAUUCCACUAGGACAGGGCCACAAAAUCUGCCAAAUAUGGAGGACACGGGUGUUUUUGAUGUGUCAGGGUUUCAGUACAUCCUGAUGUCUAUAAUAGUGACAAAAGGAUACCCUUACAAGAAACCACUUUAUUACAACGUUGUGUUUGUACUCGUGCUGGUGGUCUUAUCUGCUGUCAUGACUUGGCUGGUGGUGUAUCCUAAGGGCGUCAUACACAGACUGCUGCAGCUCUAUAAGAUCGAUGACUUGAGCUUCCAGCUGCUGCUAAUUUCCCUAGCUGCUCUCAACUUUAUCAUGUGCUACUUUGUAGAGGAACUUGCUGACAGAUGUGCCCCAACGUUCCUCCAAGCUCUUCGUGGGAAGCGAGAGUCGAAAAAGCAGUACAAACGCUUGGACGCCCUCCUGACAGGGACACCUUCUUGGCCACCCCUUGACCAACCCCUCUACCCCCCACAGUGCGCCGUCAUUGGAAUUAGCUAGCACAAACUUCCACUUUCCCAAGUGCCACUGAUCUGUUACCACCUCCUAAUGCUUCAUACAGUGGUUUCUAGUCCCAGUCUUGGAGGAGGGGAGGGGGUGCUCUGCAGGUUUUCCCUCCUCUGACACAUUUGACCCAGCUCAUGAAGGGCUAUAUAAUUAGCUGAUGAGUUGAAUCAAGUGCAUCAGAAUAUGUAAAAUAGCAUCAGCAGGAAUAGGACUGGGAACCAUUAGCUUAAUGUGAGGAUCGUGUACUAGAUCUAAACAUUGCCUAUUAUAUAUGGCAUGUCAUUUUUAUGAUGGUAAAAAUGUGUAAACUUAUGGUUCUUUUGCAGAAAAAAAAAUUAAAGCACUUUAAGUACUCAGGGAUCAUUUCUUUAUUUGUUUCUGCAAAUGUGAAUAAAUAGUAGCUAUAACUUCAAAACAAAACUAUUAAGCAUUCAAAUUUAUUACUUUAAAAAGUUUUUAUUAAAUGGGCAUUUUGAAAAGUAUUUACAGGCAGAUUUCCAUGUUUGUAUGUAGGUCAUGACAAAUUUUUCCAGUUGAUCUGAUACAGUAUAACAGGAACAUUUGCAAAUAUUUAAAGGGUAUUUUUCCCUGAAACUGCAGGGAAUUGACAUCUUUCAGGGACAACCUCACCAAGAGGCUUUAGGUACAGGAAUAUGAUUAAAUGAAAAGGCAGGGAGAUAUUAGUUUGGCUCUCUUUGCGGAACUGUAUUGCAAGAGCCAGAGACUGAGUUAACCCUUCAGCUGAUGUAGAUGAACCAUUGAUGCAGUACAAUAACUUCAGUUAAAAAAAAA